AUUAAAACAUAAAAAGAUACUAGACACCAUGUCCCUUUUAGCAUUUCUCCUUUGGUAUUGAAAAGGGGAUGACUCUAUUUGGGGAUUGAGAACUAUGUGCGUCAUUGCAAGCUCCUCUCUAAUUUUAUGACUAAUUGUAAUUUUUCUUGUAUAGCUAGAAACUGUAAUUAUACGGUCUAUAAUAUGGCCAAAUGGGCGUUUGCCAACAAUAUUACGGGCAUAGUAGAAAUAUCUACUAUUAUAUUUAUAAACGCAUUUUUCAAGAAAAAGAAAAACUAAACUAACACUGAAAUUGGGUUUGCCGUUGGAGUUGUUGGGUUGGCCUAAGAAAAAUUUAGGCAUUUGGAUUGAAUUAGUGGCUUAAAACAAGAGGCAACUCUCUUUCUCUCUUUUUCUCUUUAACCUUACGAAGAAGAAGGAAGGAACCCUUUCUCUCUCUCUCACUUUCGAUUUUCUCUAACUCCAAACUCCAUUAACGGAUACUCAACCAAAUACCUUUUCUCUCAUUUCAUUCCACAAACCACACGUUUCCACUUGGACUUGGGACUGGCAUGCUUAGGAGGAAGAAGAUGAAGCACUGCUUCACCUUCUUCUUCAUCAUCAUCAUCAUCUCCUCUUGAUUCAUGGCUUCUUCUUCUCAGCAUCGCUGCGUUUUCGUGGGUAAUAUACCUUAUGAUGCGACCGAGGAGCAGCUUAUAGAAAUUUGUCAGGAGGUUGGACCUGUUGUGUCUUUCAGAUUAGUUAUUGAUAGAGAGACUGGAAAGCCGAAGGGUUAUGGGUUUUGUGAGUACAAGGAUGAAGAGACAGCUUUGAGUGCUCGGCGUAAUCUUCAGGGUUAUGAGAUCAACGGCCGUCAGUUGCGAGUUGAUUUUGCUGAAAACGACAAAGGCACUGACAGAACCCGAGAACAGGGUCGUGGAGGACCUGGACUGGCUCCUAGCGCCGAUCUUCCGAAACCAGUCGGGGGUCCCUCAAUUCAAGGGGACUCUGUUCAACAUCAACCAAUCGGUCUCCAUUUAGCUAUAUCCGCUGCAUCUGUUAUGGCGGGAGUGCUAGGUGGUUCACAAGGCCAGUUGGCAUUGGCUAAUGACCCCUUAAGUCUUCACCUGGCUAAAAUGUCAAGGAGUCAGCUGUAUGAAAUUAUAUCUGAUAUGAAGUUAAUGGCUACACAAAACAAGGAAUUAGCUCAUCAGCUGUUGAUUGCAAGACCACAGCUGGCAAAAGCUCUAUUCCAGGCCCAGAUCAUCCUAGGAAUGGUGACGACACAAAUGUUGCAGGCACCAAAUCUCAGGCAAGUUUCGCAGACACCUUUUCAAGAUAGCCAGGCUGGUCAACUACCAGCCGUUCAACCUCACUCGCUGUUACCCCCUAUAGCGAUGAAUAAUAUGCACUCUAAUUUGAUGCCUAAAGUUCAAGGUCAAGUUUCCGCAGGGCUUCAAACUUCAAUUCAUAGCCAGUUUUCUGGACCUCCACUACUUCCUAUACAGCAUCGAGUCCAGCUUCCCCAGAAUACAAACGAGCAGGCUUUUCAACAGGUCGUAUUGCCUGGGCAAUCAUUAGUUUCACCUUUUCCUCCUCUUCAAUCCCGCUCUUCAAGUAGUCUUUCUAUUCGACCAACAAUUCAGGUUACAAGCUCCUCUUUGAAUCCACAGAUGCAGCGGCAUUCUCUUAAAAAUCCAGGACAAGUUGUAACUUCAAAUUUGGGGCAGAAUAUUCAAAUGGUUCAGUCAAUUGCUAACAUACAGCCAUCGCUUCUACCACGUCAAUCAUUACCGGAUGGAGGCUAUCAGCCUGGACCCUCAAUAUCAUCAGGUAUUUCACAGCCGAUUAGUAAUGUUGAUAGGUCUGCUCAAGUUUCCGCCGAUGCAACUUGGGCCCGCAGAGGUAAUAUUAAUCAAAAUUUGCCUCUGGGGAUAGUGGAAAAAAGGAGUAUGCCUUCCGAGCCAAUGGACUUGAUAAACCACCCUUCAAAAAUUAGGAAACUAGAUGAUGGGACUGUACCAUUUACAAACUUGAAUUCGAAUAAAAAUGUCAAUGGAUCUACACCAUCCCAAGUUUCAGCAGCUGCUUCAAUACUUGCAAAUGCUGUUCCUAUUUCAGACGAUGCUCAGCACUUAGGAAAACAAAUAUCUCAGCCGCAGCAGCUUCCAUCAGGGGAAGAGGCUGCCUUAUUACAACAAGUUCUGAACAUCACGCCCGAGCAGUUGCUUUCAUUACCGCCAGAACAGCAACAACAAGUGGUUCAGCUACAAGAAUUGCUACGGCGCCAACAAUUACAGCCGUCUUAGCAGGAUUCAAUUAGAAAAAUAAACAACAUUUGUUGAUUAUCGACGAUGAUUAUGAUGAUGGUAAACAAAUAGAGGAGGCCUCAAUUCAUUUACUGGAGGUAAUAAAGCUUUGUAGUUGAUUAAAUCCCACUCCAGUUUCUUGUAAAAUUAAUAGUAGCAGAGAUAAAUUUCAUAAUCUAAAAUGCCAAUUGAUUAUUAUGUUGGUUAGAGAAAGAGAAAGAAGCUUGUGAUUAACAUAGUUUCUGGAUAGUUUUUAUUUUUUGUUUUUAAAGAGGAAUAGGAAAAUUUUUGUGUAAUCUCUAGUUGUCAGUUCUUUGAAAUUUUAUUUUCUCAUAGUUUGAUUUCCAAGUUUUAGUUUUACUUUGUGUUUUUUUUCUUUUUUUUGUUUGUUGGACUCUUUGUGUGUUAUUGAAUGAGACAAAAUGAAUAAUUAAAGUCUGAAAUGUCUA